AUGGCAAUGUAUGUCCACUCGGACAAGAUCAAAGACCCCGACUCCGACAGAUGCAUGCAAGCGAUAAACCAAGCCAAAGAGACUCUACUAGAUGAAAGAAAGAGAAAGGAGUACGAUCGGACACUGAAGACCAACGGGAAGAAGCAAGUGCCUGAGCCAGACAUAGGCGAGGAAUUCCACGAUAACGCUUACGGACAGGAGGAAGAUUCUAGUGAUGAUGACGAAGCAAUUGUCUUCGACGACAAUGAUGUACCAGAAAGGCCUCCUGAGGUUGCAGCUUACCACGAACGGUUCGACGAAAGCGUGAUCAGAAUACUCCAAAAUGUCCAGAGCAAAGAUAGCAUGGGAAAGGACUUUGGCAAGGUCGCGAAAAUGAACAGGAAGAUCAACAAGGAGUGCUUCAAAUGA